UCCGAUUCUUUGCUUUUGGUUUGCCAAUCACGAUUGGAGCACCCAAACGUUUUGACGCAUCGAAUUACAUGCGACGAAAAGCGUUUACUCGGCUGUUUCCACGAUCGUCUUAAACCACUCUUUAAUACAUUUUUAUUUUCUAUUGAAAUUGUAUCUGUAUUGUUUUUUUCACAAAGUGGAACACAAAAUGAUCCUGCCAUAUUUCAAAAUGUUGACGAUGAUCGUUUUCAUACCACAGGUUUUACGGUAACUGCCGCAAUAGGUACAACAACUGUUUCUUCAAAGUUUCAAUAAUUUGCGGUCUUUAACGCUCGUGCAACCAAGCAAAACAAUUGCACCAGCGUAUUACAUUAAUUAAAAAGGUCACAUGUUUUAUCCUCGUUUCAGUAGAACAAAGGAUGUGGAAGUACAAAACCACAUUAUUGGUUCCAAACAUAAGAACGUAUGUUAUGAUGCUUCACAAGAAAGUAUCACUGGUAAAUUUGAUCCGACCGCAUUAGAACGUGGUGCCGCCGCUCUUCGUUAUUUAGAUUCCUCUCCACACGCAAACAAAGCCUUUGAAAUAACCAAACUUCAAGAACUUACAAAACAAGCAGAAUUAAAAAAAGAAAUGGAAAAGUUACAUUCCGCUCAAAGUCAGUUGCAGCUAGAGCGUGCACAAAUUGAAGCUCAAGAACGCAGGAAGACUAUGAUGAAACAACAAGAACAAGAAAGAAUCACUGCACAGUAUAAGGCUCAAUUAGAAGCAGAGGCUUAUGCUAAAAAGCUACGGGAUCAACAAGAUCAAAAUGAGAAAUGUUUAAGACAACAACACCAACAAUUUCUAAGGCAGGAAAAUAUACGAAAAGAAACGGAAAAGGAUAUUUUAAAAGCGAGGCUUGAACAUAAACAACUUGAGGCACAACAUGAAAAAGAUUUGAUUAGAACAAAAAUUCAUGAAGAAACUAAAGGAAAAAUUUUACAUGAAAGAGAGAAUGUAGAUAUACACUUUCGUGAAUUAAAAUUGAAAGCAUCUGAGCAACGUCAAACACAAUUAGAAUCCAUACAAGCAACUUUAUCAAAUUUAGGCAGAGCUUGUACCAAUUUACUUGAUGAUAAAAAAAAAUUGACUGCCAUAGUCACUGGAUUGUCUGGAUUAGCCUUAGGAAUUUAUGGAGCUAAAGCUACGACACAAGUGGCAGGCCGAUAUAUUGAAUCACGUUUAGGAAAACCUUCGCUUAUUCGUGAAACAUCACGGUGGACUUUUCAUAAAAACAUGAAAUCCAUGCUUUUUCCUUGGUUGACGUCUCCUAUACAAGUCUCGAAUACCCUUAUCCUUCCUGACACUUUAAGUCAAAGACUUCAAUGGGUUUCUAACUCUUUAAUCAUGUCACGAAAAUAUGGAGUACCAUUUCGUCAUUUACUUUUAUUCGGACCUCCUGGUACAGGCAAAACUUUAUUUGCUCGAACCCUUGCUAAAGAAUCAGGUCUGGAUUAUGCUAUUAUGUCGGGUGGCGAUGCAGCUCCACUCAAUGAAAAUGCAGUUCACGAAAUUAAUAAAGUAUUUCGUUGGGCCAAAAAAUCUCCUAAAGGUUUAAUUUUAUUUAUUGAUGAGGCCGAAGCCUUUCUGCGUAAAGGUCGUGGUGAUCUUACGAAUCAAGGAAUAUCCGAAGAUGCACGUAACGCUUUAUCUACUUUUUUACAUCAUACUGGAACCGAGUCAACAGAUUUUUGUCUUAUCUUAGCAACCAAUGAAAAACAUGUUCUUGAUAAAGCAAUUUUAGAUCGUAUGGAUGAAAAUUUUGAGUUUCCAUUACCUGGAUUUCAGGAACGAUUACGCAUGUUACAAUUAUUUGUUGAAAAGUAUCUAAAAAACCCAACAAAAAAAGGGAAGAUGAUUGAAGUGGAUUCUGAUUUUAAUGAAACGUUUUUAAAAGACAUAGCACAUAAAACAGAAGGUUUUACUGGAAGACAAUUAGCUAAACUUAUUCUGGGUAUGCAAACCGCGGUACUAGGCUCUGGUGUUCCUAAAUUAAACAAAAAACUUGGCCAAGCCGUUUUGCAAUGGUCAUUAAUGAACAUUGAAAAAAGCGACACUCAACUAGAAGAAACAAAACCUUAAGAACAUAGCCGUAACCAUUGACGCAAAUUAACUAGACACCGGGGAUUCAUCUUUUAUAUUAAUGUUCUACCCUUUUUUCCUUAGUGCUUUUUAAAAACCAUUGUCAUUAAUUGUGUGAAAUUAAAAAGUCUAUUUUUUUUGUAUUUUAAACGGCAACGAUUAGAAUGAGUAUUUUUUUUUAAAUUGAAUUCAAGCAAAAUAAAAAGUAACGGUGUCGCUGUUAGCGUUACAAUAUUAAAAACAAAUGGAGAAAAAAAUAGUUCUUUAAAACAAAUUUUACAACCUUUUUAGGCAUAGCAAUUUAAUAAGGGUACUCUGAAUAUUUUUUUUAGUAAGCAUUACUUGCAAAAACAAGGUAUGAUAUAGAAGGUAACAUCAUAAAGACUUUUAACAGUCUGAUGGGUCGGUCAACAUUCGCAUUGACUUUUUCAAAGUCAAGCAACACGUAUUACCUAAUUGAUAACGAAAAGUAAAAAUCAAUAUUUAAAUAAAUAAAAAAAGUGUUCUCAUGAGUGACAUUAAGGGUCUGUUGCUGACAAUUUUUUCAAAUAAGCAUUUUGUUUUUGUUGCAUAUGCUCAACAAAACUUUGUUGACUGUAUUCUUG